AAGAAGUUAUAAGCAAAAUUAUCUGAUUCUAGUCAAUGACGGAGUUAGCUAAAAGUGAAGGCAAUAACCAAAAUUUCCGAAAUUUCUUUGCGAUGCUUACGCCUGUGUUUGCGUCAUAUCCAAACCCUUGCUGGUGCAAUGAACAUAUUUAAUUCGUCGGUUUUGUCCGUAUAAUGGAACGAGCUGCACAAAAAAAAAAAUAUCAUAAGUAAUUCGAAGUGCGGGUGCAGUUGUCAGAAAGGGAUACAAAUAAGAAUAGUGAAUAGCCAGGACGUGACCCGGCUCACCUGCGUCAGCGUCACCGUUAGCGCCGUUGACGAAAUACAUAGCUUAACCCAUUAGUGGGGGCAAUGUAAUACAUUCUGAAACUGCACGCGGCAGUGUGUUCUUGUAAACGAUUUUACUGUUUUACCCUGUUACUGUGCUGGUGUGCAUGUGCGUGUGUGUGUGCAUGCAUGUGUAUUUUUGCAUUGGUGUAACCCCGAAUUGUCAUUUACGUAUUAGAGCUCUGCAUUGCGCUUGGUUUGAUCUCAUGUCUCGGACAUUGAAGUUGAUUUUACGCCCCUAGUUUAUAACGCUUGAUAAUUGAAAAAAAUCUCUCAGUUUCGCGAGGUUUUCUUUCGGGCUUUUUUGGGUCCUUGACGAAAAUUGUUUAAUUGAGAAUAUGUUAAAACAAAUUAUUCAACCAUUUAAAAUUGAAUGAGAAGCCUUUCGCAACAGAGGCUCUGCAAAAAUUGCAAAAUUGUUCUGCCAAAUAUUGUGUGGCAAUAAAAGAAAAAUGUAAUGAGCAAGGCUAGUACAAAUUAAUAGAGAGUGAAUUCAAAAAGUCACAGCAUGAACCAAAGCUACAUCAUGGAAAACAAUACACCGUCUAUGAGCAACAGCAGCUGGCUGGAAUUGAAGCUGACCACAAACAACAGCACCGGCAACAGCAGCCUCAGUUUGGAUGCUGAGGAGGAGGAGGCAAUACGGCAGACGGUGCGCUGGUUGGUGCCUUUAUUUUUCGGCAUUAUUGCCAUCUCGGGAUUCUUUUUUGGUAACCUGUUGGUCAUACUGGUUGUGCUACUGAACAAAAACAUGCACUCUACUACAAAUCUGUUAAUUGUCAAUUUGGCGGCUGCCGACCUGCUGUUUGUCAUCUUUUGUGUACCCUUCACAGCCGUUGACUAUGUGGCGGAUCAUUGGCCCUUUGGCACAAUCUGGUGCCGCAUUGUGCAAUAUUUGAUUGUUGUCACCGCCUACGCUUCAAUCUACACACUCGUCCUUAUGUCUAUCGAUCGCUUCUUAGCCGUUGUGCAUCCCAUACGCUCGCGCAUGCUGCGCACCGAGCAUAUAACAAAAAUUGCAAUUUUUACACUGUGGACAGUCGUGCUAACCGUAUCGAUGCCGGUCACUUUUACGCAUGAUCUGGUGGUCCACCACAAUUACAAGACGAACAGCACCUACGCUAAGUGCCACUUUAUUGAAAACGAUUUGCUCGAUUGGCUCACCUUCCAGGUGAGCUUCUUCAUUAGCUCCUAUCUGCUGCCACUGAUGGUCAUCAGUGGAUUGUACGUGCGCAUGAUCAUGCGCCUCUGGCGGCAGGGAAGCGGCGUACGCAUGUCUAAAGAAUCACAACGGGGUCGCAAGCGAGUGACCCGCUUGGUCGUCGUAGUAGUUAUAGCUUUUGCCUCACUCUGGCUGCCCGUGCAGCUAAUAUUACUCCUCAAGGCGCUGAAUAUAUAUGUAGCAAACAGCAUGUUGAGUGUCAUUUUGCAAAUAGUGGCACAAACUAUGGCAUACACCAGCUCUAGCAUCAACCCGCUUCUUUACGCCUUUCUCUCUGAUAAUUUCCGCAAGGCCUUUCACAAGGCCAUUAACUGUUCGAAUCGCUACCAGGAUUACACAUCUGAUUUGCCUCCGCCGCGCAAGACGUCCUGCGGCCGUACCUCAACAACGGGCCUCUAAACGCCAGCUCGACGAUAUCAAAAAGAGGCGACGACAGCCGCAAUAGAAACAGUCUCAAAAAUAUGUCUGUAUCAAAAGCAAGCAAAAGUGAUUGACGACGAUGAAGAAAGUGAUAGCAGAUUGAUUACCAUGUGGAUACUUAGGGUCCGUGGGACGUUGCCAACCGGCUAAAAGUGGACAAUUAUGGAGCUGAGCAUGUUCCGACAAUUAACGUCCACUGCGCAAAUCGAUUGAUCAACAGACCAAUGAUAUCAAAAUAAAACAACAAAGUAAAACACUGAUACCAAUAAAAAAAAAAAGAAGGGAACAGCGUGCGCGUCUCAAAUCGAUGUCAAUGAUAUUUCGGGAAUUUUCUAGAGCUAGAUAUAUUUGAGUAUUUUUUGUAAUUGUAUAU